AUGUCACCUUCGCGUACGAGCCCAGCGCCGCAGCCUCUUGUCCGGCAUCCGAGUGACGAAGACGAAGAGCAGCAACAGAGGGCUCUUUUGGUUCCUUACGAUGAGCUGGAGUUGGACCCUCGACAAGCGGCCAGCGAGGACCGGAGCCAGGAAGAGUUUGAUUUCGGAGCUUUCCACGAGAGUUUGCCGCAUAUUCCCCUGCGUCCUUUCCGCAAUCAGGUCGGGGGCCAUAGUGCUAUCUACAAGUUCACGAAGCGUGCCGUGUGUAAGGCGAGUCCCCUAGUCUCUCGCGAGAAUUUGUUCUACGAAGCCGUUGAACGAGAAGCGCCGCCGCUACUUGACUUCAUACCACGCUACCUCGGCGUCAUGCUUGUCAGCUACCGGCGUCGGUUCCCUGCGCACGGCCAAGGUCAAAAUACGCCAGAGAUGUUCGACUUUGAAUAUGACAGGCCCGGGGACGAGAGUGGGGCGCACAGCUUCAGGGACCACAGUGGCAUGCCCCCAUUUACGGCUUGCUCGCACGGCAGGACGCCCAGCUACUCGCGUUCCAGGCCGCCAUAUACGGACCCCUUGAGCCUCCUUGAGCCGCAUCUUCCCCAUGCGCACCGGAUGUCCCCAGGGCCCGCCGGGCGUGAUCCCUCGGUGACGCGGCAGAAUCAUUUCAUUUUAAUGGAGGAUUUGACCGGCCGGCUGAAACACUCGUGCGUUCUUGAUCUUAAGAUGGGCACGCGGCAGUACGGGAUGGAUGCGACGCCGUCCAAGAAGAAGAGCCAGCGGAAGAAAUGCGACAGGACGACCAGCAGGGCGCUGGGUGUGCGGGUGUGCGGCAUGCAGGUAUGGAACCAUGUCACGCAGUCCUACGUGACCCAAGACAAAUACAAGGGCCGCGAGGUCCGCCCGGACGACUUCCCUGGUGUAGUCGCGUCGUUCCUCCACAGCGGCGAGCGCCUGCUCGUGUACCACAUUCCGCUCAUCCUGCGCAAGCUGUAUGCCCUCGCGCGCAUCAUCAACCGCCUCAAGGGCUACCGCUUCUACGGCUGCAGCCUGCUCAUGAUCUACGACGGCGACCGCGAGGUGCAGGAGACGCAGGAGCGGCCGGGCCUGCGCCGCUCGCACAGCGAGGAUAUCCUGCUCGGGCACCCGGCGGACCGCUGCGAGCGGCGGCGCAAGCGCGGCGAGAUGCAGAUCCGCCUCGUCGACUUUGCGCACACGACGACGGGGCGCGACUGGCUGCCGUACCCGCUGGACGGGCCGAAGGAGACGGAGGAGAUGACGAGCGGGAAGGGGUACACCGCGGAGGUCGAGCCCGAGACGGGGCUGAUAUACGCGCGGUUCCCGCCGCACUAUCCUGACCAGCCCGACCGCGGGUUCCUCUUCGGACUGAGGAGCCUCGCGGAGACGCUGGAGAGGAUCUGGAACGAGGAGCGCAUCCGGCGCAUCAAGGCCUCGAGGGAUUACCAGCUCCCGCCGUUGCCGACCGAUGGGAAGGAGAUCUUUGACGAGAUUUUCCGGACUCCUGAGGGCGAGGAGGACUUUGGUAUGAUAUCCAGCUGACGUUCCUGUUUCUCUUUUCCUUUUUUUCGGGCGCCGCCACUCGUUCGUUUACUGCACGCACUGCCUUCCUUGGUCAUUCAGCUCGUCUUUAUGUUGUGCAU